AUGAUGGAAGACAAUAAGCAGCUCGCGCUCCGCAUCGAUGGGGCGGUCCAGUCGGCCAGCCAGGAGGUGACCAACCUGCGAGCCGAACUCACGGCCACCAACCGGAGACUGGCGGAAUUGAGCGGCGGCGGCGGCCCCGGCCCGGGCCCGGGAGCGGCGGCCAGCGCCUCGGCGGCGGCGGACUCGGCGGCGGCGAACAUGGAGAACCACCAGCACAGCGCGCAAGCGCUCCUGCGGGAGGAAGUGUCCCGGCUCCAGGAGGAAGUCCAUCUUCUCCGGCAGAUGAAGGAGAUGUUGAUGAAGGACCUGGAGGAGUCGCAGGGUGGCAAGUCCUCUGAGGUCCUCUCGGCCACGGAGCUCAGGGUCCAGCUGGCCCAGAAGGAGCAAGAGCUAGCCAGAGCCAAAGAAGCCUUGCAGGCCAUGAAAGCCGACCGGAAGCGCCUAAAGGGUGAGAAGACAGACCUGGUGAACCAGAUGCAGCAGCUGUAUGCCACGUUGGAGAGCCGGGAGGAGCAGCUACGGGACUUCAUCCGCAACUACGAGCAGCACCGCAAGGAAAGCGAGGAUGCUGUGAAAGCUCUGGCUAAGGAGAAGGACCUGCUGGAGCGCGAGAAGUGGGAGCUGCGGCGCCAAGCCAAGGAGGCCACGGACCACGCCACAGCACUGCGCUCCCAGCUGGACCUCAAGGACAACCGGAUGAAGGAGCUGGAGGCGGAGCUGGCCAUGGCCAAGCAGUCCUUAGCCACACUGACCAAGGACGUCCCCAAGCGGCAUUCACUCGCCAUGCCCGGCGAGACGGUGCUUAAUGGCAACCAGGAGUGGGUGGUGCAGGCAGACCUCCCGCUGACCGCAGCCAUCCGGCAGAGCCAGCAGACUCUCUACCAUUCACAUCCCCCCCACCCCGCGGACCGGCAAGCAGUCAGGGUAAGCCCCUGCCACUCCCGGCAGCCCUCUGUCAUCUCCGACGCAUCUGCCGCCGAAGGCGACCGGUCGUCCACGCCAAGCGACAUCAACUCCCCCCGACACCGGACACACUCCCUCUGCAACGGCGACAGUCCCGGCCCAGUUCAGAAGAACCUGCACAACCCCAUUGUACAGUCACUAGAGGAUCUUGAAGACCAAAAACGGAAAAAGAAGAAAGAGAAGAUGGGAUUCGGCUCCAUCUCACGUGUCUUCGCCAGAGGGAAGCAGCGGAAGUCCCUCGACCCCGGCCUCUUUGAUGACUCCGACAGCCAGUGCAGCCCCACGCGGCAGAGCCUCAGCCUGUCGGAGGGCGAGGAGCAAAUGGACCGGCUGCAGCAGGUGGAGCUGGUCAGGACCACGCCCAUGUCCCACUGGAAGGCGGGUACGGUCCAGGCCUGGCUGGAGGUAGUCAUGGCCAUGCCCAUGUACGUCAAGGCCUGCGCGGAGAACGUCAAGAGUGGGAAGGUGCUGCUGAGCCUGAGCGACGAGGACCUGGAGCUGGGCCUGGGCGUGUGUAGCUCGCUGCACCGGCGCAAGCUCCGGCUGGCCAUCGAGGACUACCGCGACGCCGAGGCGGGCAGGAGCCUGUCCAAAGCCGCUGACCUGGACCAUCACUGGGUGGCCAAGGCCUGGCUCAAUGACAUCGGCCUGUCCCAGUACUCCCAGGCCUUCCAAAACCACCUGGUCGACGGGCGGAUGCUUAACUCCCUGAUGAAGCGGGACCUGGAGAAGCACUUGAAUGUGUCCAAGAAGUUCCACCAGGUCAGCAUCCUGCUGGGGAUCGAGCUGCUCUACCAAGUCAACUUCAGCAGGGAGGCUCUCCAGGAGCGCCGGGCCCACUGCGAGACACAGAACAUAGACCCCGUGGUCUGGACCAACCAGCGGGUGCUCAAGUGGGUGCGAGACAUUGACUUGAAGGAGUACGCAGACAACCUGACCAACAGUGGCGUCCACGGUGCAGUGCUGGUUCUGGAACCCACGUUCAACGCUGAGGCCAUGGCCACCGCCCUGGGCAUCCCCAGCGGAAAGCACAUCCUCCGGAGGCACCUGGCGGAGGAGAUGAGCGCCAUCUUCCACCCGGCCAACUGCACAGGCAUCCGGGAAGCUGAGCGAUUUGGAACACCCCCCGGGAGGGCCUCCAGCAUCACCCGGGCAGGGAAGGAGGAGAACAGCGGUGGGAUCAAGUACAAGGCUGGCCGGCUGCCCCUGGGAAAAAUAGGAAGGGGCUUCAGCAACAAAGACCCUGAUUUCCAUGAUGACUAUGGCUCUCUUCAAAAUGAAGAUUGCGGAGACGAGGACUCCCAGGGCAGGCCGGAGCAGUGCCGUCUGGAGGGCUACAAUGGCCUGGAGGUCACCAACGUGUAA